CACCCAAUCAAAAUCAUGAAACCAAGAUCAAAAUAGAAAAAUGCCGAAGCUCACGUGAACCUUUCCGUAUACGAGAAAUCCCUUUUCUCCUUUAGCACCAGAAUUAAAUAAAGCUUACUCUACGAACAUCGUGGUUCUUUCUUCUCUCUGAUUCAAUUCGAUCUUUCUCCUCGUGCGUUUCUGAGAUUGUAGAUUUCUAGGGUUUUCAGUGAGAUUGAAUUUCCGUACGUAUACAGAGAUUAGGGUUUUUCAUCCUCUUGGUUCUUCAUGGUGACCGCGAGGUUUGUUGCAUUGGUUUCUGAAUCGAAUUUCACUUCUGACAUCCGAAUCUCAGUUCCCUCAGUGUAAUGACUUCUAUUGCCGCCGGUGAAUGGCUCGAUUUUGUUUCCGGGGCCUCCGUUUCUUUGCUGUCUUCGCAGUUGCGGUUUUCGUCUUCGCGAGAGACUGUGUUUGCGAUGAAUCGAAGAGCAACGAGUUGGAGCGUGACUUUUCUAUAACUGAUUUCGAUUGGAACCUUUUUCAUCAGGAUUACUCUCCGCCGGCUCCGCCUCCGCCACCGCCUCAUCCACCAUCGGUGUCGUGCGUGGACGAUCUCGGCGGGGUUGGUUCUCUGGACACGACGUGUAAUAUUGCGAACGAUGCAAACCUCACUCGCGACGUGUAUGUAGCAGGGAAGGGAAAUUUUAACAUCCUACCUGGGGUGCGGUUUCAUUGUGAGAUUCCUGGGUGCAUGAUUACCGUCAAUGUUACUGGUAAUUUUAGUUUAGGUGACAACUCGUCUAUUCUCGCCGGAGCUUUUGGGUUGGGAGCAGAGAAUGCUGUUUUUGGGAAUUUUUCCGUGGUGAACACGACGGCUAUGGCCGGGCCGCCUCCGCCUCAGACGAGUGGAACUCCUCACGGGGCUACCGGUGGUGGUGGGGGCCAUGGAGGGAGGGGUGCCAGCUGUCUGGUGGACACAACAAAGCUCCCUGAGGAUUUUUGGGGAGGGGACGCCUAUUCUUGGGCUUCGCUGCAGCAACCAGAUAGUUUUGGGAGCAGCGGUGCGUCCACAAGCAAGGAGAGUGACUAUGGUGGGUUGGGUGGGGGGAUUGUGAGCAUGGUUGUUUAUAAAGUUAUUGAGAUGAAUGCAACUCUUUUGGCUGAUGGGGGUGAUGGAGGGACCAAGGGUGGAGGUGGCUCCGGUGGCAGCAUCUACAUCAAGGGUUAUAGAAUGACUGGUAGUGGGAUGAUAAGUGCUUGUGGAGGUAAUGGUUAUGCAGGUGGAGGCGGUGGCAGAGUUUCAGUCGAAGUUUUCAGUAGGCAUGAUGAGCCCACAAUUUAUGUCCACGGUGGUAGUAGCUUUGCCUGUCCUGAAAAUGCAGGGGCAGCCGGGACUCUUUAUGAUGCAGUUCCUCGAAGUCUUAUAGUCGAUAACUAUAACAUGACAACUGACACAGAGACACUUCUCUUGGAUUUUCCUUAUCAACCCCUUUUGACUAAUGUUUAUGUCCGUAACAAGGCUAGGGCUACCGUUCCAUUGCUUUGGAGUCGUGUUCAGGUUCAAGGACAGAUAAGUAUAUUGCAGGGUGGGGUACUGAGCUUUGGGCUGCCACACUAUGCUUCUUCAGAGUUUGAGUUAUUAGCUGAAGAGCUGUUGAUGAGUGAUUCUGUGAUGAAGGUAUAUGGAGCUUUACGCAUGUCUGUAAAAAUGUUCUUGAUGUGGAACUCAAAAAUGCUCAUAGAAUGUGGGGAAGAUAUAACAGUGGCAACAUCUUUGCUUGAGGCUAGUAAUUUGAUUGUUCUCAGGGGGUCUUCUGUGAUACAUUCUAAUGCUAACCUUGGAGUUCAUGGACAAGGUUUACUGAAUUUAUCAGGCCCAGGAGACUGGAUUGAAGCACAGCGUUUGGUUUUAUCCCUAUUUUAUAGUAUUCAUGUUGGGCCUGGAUCUGUCUUGCGCGGUCCAUUGGAGAAUGCAACAACUGAUGAUGUUACUCCAAAACUUCACUGUGACAACAAAGAAUGCCCGUAUGAAUUACUUCACCCUCCUGAAGAUUGCAAUGUGAACUCAUCCUUGUCUUUUACACUUCAGAUCUGCCGCGUUGAGGAUGUCCUUGUUGAAGGCCUUAUAAAAGGUUCUGUUGUUCAUUUUCAUAGGGCAAGGACAAUAAGUAUCGAAUCUUCUGGAACAAUAUCUGCCUCUGGAAUGGGUUGUACUGGUGGUCUGGGUCAUGGAAAUAUUCUAAGUAAUGGUAUUUGCAGUGGUGGUGGGCAUGGCGGUAAAGGUGGAAAAGCAUGUUCCAGCGACUAUUGUGUUAAGGGUGGCAUCUCAUAUGGAAAUCCAGACUUGCCCUGUGAACUUGGUAGUGGAAGUGGAAAUGGAAGCUCAACUGGUACCACAGCUGGGGGUGGUAUCAUAGUAAUUGGAUCAUUAGAACACCCUUUGUCAAGUUUGUCAAUCAAAGGUUCUGUAAAUGCCGAUGGAGAGGAUUUUGAUCCAGCAAUUAGAAGGGGAAAAUUUGUUAUUUUUGAUAAUUUUACUGGAAGCCCUGGAGGUGGAUCUGGUGGCACUAUUCUAUUGUUUCUCCAUAGCCUUGCCAUUGAUGAAUCAGCUAUUCUUUCUAGCAUUGGGGGAUAUAGCGGUAUUAGUGGAGGUGGCGGUGGAGGCGGAGGAAGAAUUCAUUUUCAUUGGUCUAACAUUCCUACUGGAGAUGUUUAUCAGCCCAUUGCUACUGUGAAAGGAGACAUUCAGUCUGGGGGAGGGAAGGGUAAAGGCUUGGGUGGCUCUGGAGCAGAUGGAACAAUAUCUGGGAAGGCUUGUCCCAAAGGACUCUACGGUACAUUUUGUGAGGAAUGUCCAGCAGGCACUUACAAGAAUGCUACUGGAUCUGAUAGUUCACUUUGUCAAGUUUGUCCGGUUCACGAGCUUCCUCAUCGUGCUGUUUAUAUUUCGGUUAGAGGCGGCAUUACUGAAACCCCUUGCCCUUACCAAUGCGUUUCAGACCGAUAUCACAUGCCAGACUGUUUUACAGCUCUUGAAGAGUUAAUUUACACAUUUGGUGGACCUUGGUUAUUUGGUCUUUUACUUACGGGUCUCUUGGUCCUCUUAGCUUUGGUGCUUAGUGUUGCAAGGAUGAAAUUUGUUGGUGUUGAUGAACUACCAGGCCCAGCACCCACGCAACAUGGUUCUCAAAUAGAUCAUUCCUUCCCUUUCUUGGAGUCGCUGAAUGAGGUCUUAGAGACAAAUAGAGUUGAGGAGUCUCAGAGUCAUGUUCAUAGAAUGUACUUCAUUGGACCUAAUACUUUCAGUGAACCCUGGCAUCUGCCACAUACACCUUCAGAACAAAUACAUGAUAUUGUCUAUGAGAGUGCAUUCAAUACAUUUGUGGAUGAGAUUAAUGCUAUAGCAGCUUAUCAAUGGUGGGAGGGAGUGAUAUUUAGCGCUCUCUCUGUUAUUGGAUAUCCACUUGCAUGCUCAUGGCAACAUUGGCGCAGGAGAUUGAAGUUGCAACGAUUGCGUGAAUUUGUUCGAUCAGAGUAUGACCAUGCUUGCCUUCGUUCUUGCCGAUCACGAGCUCUCUAUGAAGGGAUAAAGGUAAAUGCGACUUCUGACUUGAUGCUUGCGUAUGUGGACUUCUUUCUUGGUGGGGAUGAAAAGAGAACAGACCUGCCUCCUCGAUUAUAUGAAAGGCUCCCAAUGACAUUGCUUUUUGGUGGUGAUGGAAGUUAUAUGGCUCCAUUUACCCUUCACAAUGAUAAUAUCCUUACUAGCCUUAUGAGUCAGUCAGUUCAGCCUACGACAUGGUAUCGAUUGGUUGCUGGGCUGAAUGCACAAUUGCGGUUAGUGCGCCAUGGACGGCUAAGGGUAACAUUACGACCCGUUGUCAGAUGGCUUGAGACUCAUGCCAAUCCUGCUUUGAGCGUCCAUGGUGUACGUGUUGAUCUUGCAUGGUUUGAGGCUACCAGUAUUCGCUAUGGCCAGUAUGGGCUUGUGGUUUAUGCUCUCGAAGAAGGAGUUUAUCAGGACACUAGAGGAAGUAUUGAUGGAGCAUUAAGAACUGAGGAAACAUCACGAGUUCCGACUGUUAAAAGGGAACAUCACUCGGGGCUUGCAAGUAGAGCUGACUUAAGUCCUGGUGGAAGAAUUGAGAACAAUUGUUUGAGGCGAAAGAUACAAGGAGUUUCUUUAGAUGUAAACAAUUUGCAAAUGCUUGACGAGAAGAGAGAUAUCUUUUAUCUUCUCUCUUUUAUACUUCAGAAUACAAAACCUGUUGGGCAUCAGGAUCUUGUUGGUUUAGUGAUCUCAAUGUUGCUUCUAGGAGAUUUUAGUUUAGUAUUACUUACCCUGCUUCAGUUGUACUCAAUUUCUUUGGUGGAUGUAUUUCUUGUAUUGUUUAUAUUACCUUUUGGCAUUCUUCUCCCAUUUCCUGUUGGAAUCAAUGCUCUAUUUAGUCAUGGACCAAGGCGUUCUGCAGGCCUUGCACGUCUCUAUGCUCUGUGGAACCUUACGUCCUUUAUAAAUGUUGUGGUUGCAUUUCUAUGUGGAUAUAUUCAUUACAACUCUCAAUCCUCUUCCAGCAAAAGACAACCCAGCAUUCAGCCUUGGAAUAUCAUGGAUGACAAUGAAUGGUGGAUUUUUCCAGCCGGACUGGUUUUGUGUAAGUUAUUCCAAUCUCAACUCAUUAAUUGGCAUGUUGCCAAUCUGGAAAUUCAAGACCGUUCCUUGUAUAGUAACGAUUUUGAGCUGUUCUGGCAGUCAUGAUGGUAUGUUCACAGCAUAUAUUCAACAUUAACUUUUCCCCCAUUCCUCUUUUUGAUCCAUCAUAUGUUCGAUUUGAGUACGUCUAGAAUAGGUCAAAGAUUGACACAUAGAGAUGAUAGAAAAACUUGAGGUGGGGCAAAAUAGAACUACAAAACCCAAAGUAGAUGUUGUAGAGGUAAUUGUUACUGUAACACCUAAAGAUCAAUAGUUUUUCUAAAAAUUAAACCAUUUUCGCCUUGAAUUAUCUAAUUUGUAAGUAUCAAUCAAGCAAUUAAGUACUCUUCAGAAUA